AUGAAACUCUCCAGCAUAGCACCACUCGCCAUAGCUCUCACAGCCACCGCUCAAGCCUCCUACAUCAACUACACCACCGUGACCGGCUACUUCCUCCAAGACGAGGCCUCCACCGACGCAUCCACAUUCGACUAUACAACCACCAACUUCGGCCUCAUCAACCGCACCUACCCCUCCGACAACCCCGACAAUGACAACAACCUACUAACCCAAUGGGAACGCUUCCACCACCACAUCACCACCCUAAACCACCUCUCCCCUCCAACCAUCUCCUACAAAGUCCUCUUCCUCGGCCGCCACGGCGAAGGAUACCAUAACGCCGCAGAAUCCUACUACGGCACGCCCGCUUGGAAUUGCUACUACUCCCUCCUAACCGGUAACUCCACAACAACCUGGUCCGACGCCGACCUCACCCCCUCUGGAAUCCAACAAGCGCAAAUCGCCCACUCCUUCUGGUCACACCAGAUAGCGUCACAGAGGAUCCACACACCCGAUAGCUACUUCGUCAGCCCGCUCCUCCGCGCCCUGCGCACAGCAAACAUCACUUUCUCUGACCUGCCCCUACAACCAUCAUCCUCCUCCCCAUUCACUCCAGUCAUAAAAGAAUUCUUCCGCGAGAGUGUCACCCUGCAUACGUGCGAUCAUCGACACAACGCCACAUACAUCCAUUCACUCUUUCCCGAGUGGACGUUUGAGAAGGGAUUCAGGGAGGAGGAUGGGAUGUGGGAUGGGGUGAGGGCGGAGAGCAAUGGGGCGCAGGAUGUGCGGAGUAAGGUUGCGCUUGAUGAGGUGUUUGCAGGGGAUGAUGAUGAUGAUGAUGGGGUGGGGAUGUUUGUGAGUGUGACGAGUCAUUCCGGGGAGAUUGCCAGUUUGUUGAGGGUGAUUGGGCAUAGGGAGUUUGGGCUUAGGACUGGGGCCGUUUUGCCGGUUUUGGUGAGGGGGGAGAUUGUGGGUGAUGCGUUGGAGCCGACGGGGACGGGGACGAGGUGGGAGACGAGUGCGCAUUGUACGGCGCCGCCGGUUACGUCUGUUAGUUCGGGGUGUGUGUGUGCUUCUUCGGCGGUGCCGGUGACGACGCCGUUGGUUACUUUUGCGGGUUAG